AUUUUCGUACGAUCCCGAACCGGAAGCGGAUGAGGAAUUAAGCGUCCAAGCCGGCGAUUAUUUAUUAGUUUGGGGAGAACCAGUCGGGGGAUAUUUAGACGCUGAAUUAUUGGAUGGUCGCCGCGGUUUGGUUCCGGCGCAUUUUGCACAACGAUUAAUCGGUGAUGACCUAUUAGAGUUCCAUCAGGCGGUUUUGAGCACGUUACGAGAAGAGGAAAUCAAUGCCGAAACCUUCGCAGCUGACGUUCAACGUCUGAACGAGUUGGCAGAAGUUUCAGAAGGUCAAGAAGAUGACGUCAAUGACACAGAACAAGAUCUCUUCUUCUCAAUACUAGUACCGGCACCGAAACAAUUAACCCUCGAACGGCAACUUAACAAGAGCGUGCUUAUUAGUUGGACUCAACCCGAUGUUGGACCCGGUAAUCAAAUUGAAAGUUAUCACGUUUACGUCGAUGGCGUUUUAAAGACUACCAUAAAAGCGAGCGAACGAACCAGGGCUUUAGUUGAAGGUGUUGAUAGUAAUCGCCCGCAUCGUAUAAGUGUCCGUUCUGUAACGGUAAAUCGGCGCACAUCUCGCGAUGCAGCCUGUACAAUGAUCAUUGGCAAAGACACUCAUCAGUUAGGCCCCAGCGCGGUUCGUGCCAGCAACAUAACAUCAACCCAAGCUAUAAUAAGUUGGCUCCCAGCAAAUUCAAACCAUCAACACGUCGUUUGCGUGAACAACGUUGAAGUACGCACAGUUAAGCCGGGGGUUUACCGCCAUACAAUAACCGGAUUAGCUCCGAAUACCCAAUACAGGGUGACCGUUCGAGCAAAACACCAUCGCGCCGCUCAAAACGUCGCGAAUUUAGCCGAGGAUCUUCCGAUGCCAGCUGCGGCUCACACCGAUUUUAGAACAUUGCCCAAAGGACUUCCGGAUCCACCGAGUGACAUUUUGGUUGAAGCCGGGCCCCAAGACGGGACGUUGUUGGUCACUUGGCAUCCGGUGAUUACGCCGCAUCACCCCGGAUCGAAUAUCACCGGAUACGCUGUUUAUGCGGAUGGGAAAAAAGUAACGGAUGUUGAUUCCCCCACGGGGGAUCACGCUUUGAUUGAUAUUUCGAAACUGUUGGGGUUAAAUCCGAAACAUGUUACUGUUCGGACGAAAUCGCGGGAUAGCCAAUCGACGGAUUCGAUUCCGACUCCGAUUCCUUUUAGCGUUUUACGAGGUGGGGCUAACAAAGGUAGGCAGCAACCGCAUUCGAGCGUUUUACCGACUCAUAUGAGACAAAACGUUCGAAAUCAAGUUGGGAUGCAACAAAAUCAACAGAUUAUUGAACAUGAUGAAAAUUUGAGCGAUAAAGAAAUAUUUCCGACAACGCCGCAUCGCCAACAAAGUGGUAUCCCAUCGAUAGCGCAUCGUCCCGUUCCAGAGAUAACUAAAGAUAGCUAUGAGGCUAAUUUAUCCGAGGAUGAACUCCUCGACAGGCGUAAUCGUCAGGUCAACGUCCAACAACAAUACAGGCAACAACAACAGAAUCAACAACAACAACAGCAGCAGAGACAAAUUCAACAAAGACAAGAAAAUCAAUCGCAACAGCAACAACAACAACAACAGUAUUAUCAGCAAGCUCAACAAGUUCAAAGAGGCCAAGGACUACGCCAACACCAACAACAUCAACAGCAUCAACAACAACAAAUGCGCAACAUAAAUAUGGGGAUGGGCUCUCAAAACCCGAAUAAUUUGCCUACCGCGCAAAAGAGGGCGCGAUCAUUCGUAGCCCUUUUCGAUUAUGACCCAGCUACGAUGUCGCCGAAUCCCGAUGCUUGCGAAGAGGAGUUACCGUUUAAUGAAGGCGAUACGAUUAAAGUUUGGGGAGAUAAAGAUUCCGAUGGAUUUUAUUGGGGCGAAUUACGAGGGAGAAGAGGUUAUGUUCCUCACAAUAUGGUGAUGGAGGUGGAUCAAAAUCAAUUGGUGCGAGAUCGUUGGGGCGACAUCUACAAUAAUAGCCCGAUGAGGAAAAUGAUUGCUUUGUACGAUUACGAUCCGCAAGAAUUGAGCCCGAACGUCGAUGCAGAUCAGGUGGAAUUGUCCUUCACAACGGGUCAAAUCAUCAACGUUUACGGCGAAAUGGACGACGAUGGGUUUUAUGUGGCGGAAAUCGAUGGAGUUCGCGGUUUGGUUCCAUCGAAUUUCUUAACGGACGCGCCUGAUCAAUACGGAGGGGGGCAACCCUCGCAACAAGGGAUGAGUCGGGGUCAACGAGGGAGAGGACAUGGACCUGGAGCUCGAGGUCCACCUCCUCCACCAAGAGAAAACACCGGGCGAUCUAGGAAAACAGAUGCCUGUUCUUCACUGUUAGACAAUGCCACAUCGUACACAAUGCUCACCGACCAACAGGGGAGACCGAAGCAAACGAGAGGUGGUAACAUGAACCCGCAACAAACGCAACAACCCCAACAACAAAACAUCAACGCGAUGAACCAACAAAACCAACAAUUUAACCAACAACAACAGCAAUUCGGACAACAAAACUCCCAAUUUAAUCAACCGCAAUUCAACGCCCAAUCGAAUCAAGUUUCCCAAUCGUUAACGAGCCAAUUGUUUGGUCAAAACACUCCGUUUUCUAAUUUAACGGGAAAUCAACAACAACAACCCCAACAACAGCAGCAACAACAAUUUGGGGUUAAUUCAAGUACAACGUCGAAUCGCAUCCAACAUAAAGGGGUGCCACAAGUCAUUCCAACGAUGAAUCAACCGAUGACGAUGAAUCAACAACAACAACAGCAACAACAACAACAAGCCGGGCCGAAUUUAAUGCAAAAAUUGAAUGAGAUUACCGCACCUGGUGGCGAUAUUUUAUCGAAAGGGAAAGAACUAAUAUUUAUGAAGUUUGGUUUGGGGGGAAAAUAACCUAUAAGUUACCUUAACCUAAACGUUAGGAUUAUUAUUUUGAAUUUUUAUUCUGUAAAGAACGAAAGAAAAAAGGAAUGAACGGAAAAAACGAAGAUUUUGAGGUAUUUAUUUAUUUAUUUUUUUUUUAAUUUUAUUUUUAUUAAGAUCAAAUAGGAAUUGAUAUUAAUUAAAUUUAUUAUUAUUAAGGAAAAUCGAUCUUUACAGGAUAACAUAAAAGUUAAUCGAUUUAAAAAUUCUUCUAAAACGCGUUUUGAACAAAAAAAA